AUGGCUUCCUCGCUCGACAACCACUUGGAUCAAGACGGAAUGUGCUCGGUGUACUCAAUGCCACCAUCCGAGACAAAUUGCUCGAUAAGCGAAGUGUUGGCCAAAGAGAUUAUUGCCGUCAAUGAGGUGUCUGAUGAUCAUGCCGAAAUGUCUAUCUAUUCUGCGCCAAAGUCGGAGACCAAUGUGACCAUCAGUGACGUGUUCCGCCCGUGUCCAGAUGUUCAGGAAUUCGUUCAAGCGACGGCUCAGGAGCUCACUGCAUCGGUUUACUCGGUCCCAAAAUCUGAGACCAAUGUGACCAUCAGUGACGUGUUCCGCCCGUGUCCAGAUGUUCAGGAAUUCGUUCAGGCGACGGCUCAGGAGCUCACUGCAUCGGUUUACUCGGUCCCAAAAUCUGAGACCAAUGUGACCAUCAGUGACGUGUUCCGCCCGUGUCCAGAUGUUCAGGAAUUCGUUCAGGCGACGGCUCAGGAGCUCACUGCAUCGGUUUACUCGGUCCCAAAAUCUGAGACCAAUGUGACCAUCAGUGACGUGUUCCGCCCGUGUCCAGAUGUUCAGGAAUUCGUUCAGGCGACGGCUCAGGAGCUCACUGCAUCGGUUUACUCGGUCCCAAAAUCUGAGACCAAUGUGACACUCCGACAAAAGUUCCAAAGAUGUGGAGAUUUGGCUAAGGUCCUUGACUACUCCAUCUACACUACCCCACUCUCCGAGACCAACGUAACCAUGCCAGAAGCCCCAUUUAGCUAUUCUGAAUACACUACUCUCAAAUCUGAAACCGACGUCACCAUGGCCGAUUUCCGAGCUAUCGCUUCCUCAUCCGAGUACACUGCCAAACCGGCUGAGGCAUUUUUCGAUAACACUGCUUACGUAGAACAUCUUCAAGUGGAACUCGGAAUUCCGGAUAGCAAAGUGAUUGGAUUGGAGUGUAGCAAUAUGUCGAUUGCGAAGAUUAUCGAUUCGAAUGAGUGUUUGAUGAAGCUGGAGAACUUCGUGCCGGUGCCAAUGGGCUUUGAUCAGCUGCCUGAGCCGAGUACUUAUAAUUUGGCCAUGCAGGCGACUGACAAAUCUGUCGAGAGCUACCUUCUCCACUCGUCCAACGCCAGCUCCAUCCACCAUGAGAUUUGA